GAUAUGAUGAAUUGCGUAAUCAAGAAAGUUGCGUCAGAUCAGCUGAUAUUACAAUACAUUGGAUGUUUCUCUACAUGUUUCCAGCCUAUAUUUAUGUAGUAAGUUUAGGCUGUGCUAAUGUAUGGUUCUUCUUGCUCUGCUGAGAAUUAUAUCCAGCUGAUUGGGCAUUGGCUGCAGAUCUGACCACAAGCAUAUACAGUACCUGCAUAUAUGCAAUUAUAUGCUCAGAAAUGAUUGAUAUUGCAGGAAGAACUAUUGUCAUGCUCUGAAGGACUGGUAUUUGCUUCCUGUAUUGGCCAGAAAAAAAAAAUCUGAUUUUGUGAUCGCUGUAAUUGUUGUGACCCAGAGAGUGUGCUAUCCUGUUGAGGAUGCCAGCUAGGUUUGAACACCAAGUCUACAACAGAACACAGACAUUGAGGCAUAUAAGCAGCCAUUUGGACAGUGAGUAUAGUGGCAGAUGUCAGCAGAGAUUGAAAGCUAAUGGAAAAACGUUUGUCAACCUUACAGAAAGCUAUCCUUUUCCACGGUCUGCAUCUCAGCCAAGAGCAGAGUUCUUUGAUUGGUUAUUGCUUACCUAGCACAUGUAAGCUGUAGAUGAUACUAGCACUCAUCAGGGAACAAGAGGCAUAAGACUAGCCAUCUGGACAAUGAGUAUAUUCGGAGAUGUCAGCAAUGAUUGAAAGCUAAUGGAACAAAAAUUGUCAACCUUUAUACUGAAAGCUAUUCUUCACCACGGUCUGCUUGUGUGCGUAUGUACAUUGCUGGUUUUCUCAACCAAAACAAGGGUUCUUUGAUGGGUUAUUGCUUACUUAGCAUACUCUAAGACCAAAAAUCUGCACUCAUCGGGAUACAAGAAGAUAGAGGUAAAAGAAGAAAGAUAGAAAUUAGGUCUGCGUUUGAGCUCUCGGAACUCUGUUGAAUGAGUAAGAAUAAGUACUGCAUGUUAUGUUUCAAUGAAUAUGUUGUUUUGUAAUUAUAAGGUGUAACUGUGUACCUGUAAUAACAGAGCAUCCGUCUAAGUAUUUUUUUCGUUCAGUUGGACAGUAUUAUGAAUUAUGCGUAAUGUUGAAGAUGUACCGUAAAUGAGGUUUGUACUAAAAAAUGUACUAUUUCAUCUCCAUAAAAUGACUGAAACUAUGGGUGGACAGGUAUGACUGUAUCUUCUCCUCUCUUGUUCUGAAACUCCUCUCCUUCAAAAGCAGCAAAUGAUUUUUUUCUUCUGUAUUACCCCCUUUCCAUUCUUAAUUCUAAUCAUAAAUUUUGAUGUUGAUCACAAUGGCUAAGAACAAGUGUGAUGAUGGAACAAGUAUCCGGGAAAGACAUCAAUGUGGUGAUGUUGCAGGGUCGCUUGAUAAUCAAGGUAAGGAAUUGAAUGGGAAUGAUAUUCAAGGAGACGAUAGAAUGAUAUCGUCUAAGACUUCUUUAAGGGAUGUCCGAGAGCGUGGACCUUGUGCAAGGUUUAGGAAAGCAUGUUCUCUCCACCAGGGUAUGCUUCUUGCACUGCUGUCCUGUAUUUUCCAAGCAAGUGGGGCAAUCGGGGUUAAACUGCUCUCUGGCAGAAUCCCACCAACCGAGAUUGCUGCAGCUCGCCUUCUUGCCUAUUUUGUCCUUAGCGCAGUACUCGGUUUGUACUAUAAGAUUUCUCUUCGGGUUACCAUGAAGCAGCUACCUUGGCUGCUGCUCAGAAUCACUUGUGGAACUAUAGGAAUCUGCCUUGUCUUUUAUGCUUACCAAAACAUCCCUGUUGGGGAUACCAAUGCGAUUAUCUUUAUCAGUCCCAUUUUUACAGGAUUCUUUGCUUGGAUGCUUCUCGGAGAGAAGUUCACCCUUGUGGAUGUUGGCUUAGCUUUGUUUGCACUUGUUGGUGUUGUCUUAAUCGCUCGUCCAUCUUUCCUCUUUGGGAACCUUGUACAAGUAGAGGUGUCUGGAGAGGGAAACACUGUUCUUGGUGUUGUGUGUGCAUUGAUUUCUGCUCUUUUCGUAGCAAUGGUUUUUGUGCUCAUCAGGAAGCUUGGCGGAAUCAGCCUGCAUCCUUUCACCCAGGUUUUUUACUUUGGAAUUUUUGGUUUCAUCAUGACAACCAUCUUGACUGCUCUUCUUGGACUCUUGAUUGUCCCCAGAUGCGGAAUGGACCGCCUCGUGCUCAUCUUUGUUUCCGUCAUAGGGUUCCUGGCACAGAUUUCCAUGACUUAUGCAUUCAAAUUAGAAAAGGCAGCUUAUGUAGCCGUUGUGAAGAGCAACAAUGUCAUCAUGGCUUUCUUGCUUGAAUUUGCAGUUUUUGGAACUGUCCCAUUUUGGAUGUCACUGCUUGGAGCUGCUUUGGUUAUGGCUAGCUCUCUUGGUGUUACAGUAAAGAAAUGGAAGGCAUCUCGUUCUAAAAAAGAAACUGACGAUACCAGUAAUAGCGAUGAUGACAGGGACUUAAAAAAUAAAGAAGAGACGGAGGUCAAUAUCAGAGAAAGCUGACAUGCUUUCACUUUAAAAAUUUUAUUCUUUUUUGUAUGCGAUAAGGUACACAGAUAUUCAUCAUUAAGCCACAUCCAAAAUAGCCUUAUGACAAUCAUAAUCUAUAUUGGAAUCACAGUGGACUAAACUAUUUCUUUCAAGGAUUUUAUUUCUAUUACUCCGAAGACAAUCUUCUAAAACACUAUAUUAUCUACUUUUAGCAAUCGUAUUCCAUUCAUGAAUCAUGAUGGAUUAAAUAUUUAAAGUAGUAAAAGGAAGUUUGAAGAAGGGGUUGUAUAGGAAUCAGCUUAGGUCGGUCCAUGCAAAACUUGCGCAUCAAACCACUUAGUUUUUAACCAAUAUUCAUGAAACUUGGAUCACAUUUUGGUGUUGGGAUGAAGAUGUGCAAGACACAUUUUUUGCUUGUAUCGGAAAUUUUGUUGCCAUAGUAACUAUAUUUUGCGAAAGUUAAGGUAAAAAUCUUGCAGUUCAAACUACUGUAGUUCAUCAGUUUUUAACCAAUUCUCAUGAUAUUUUGCUCACACAUAUGUCUUGGGGUAAAGAUGGGCAAGACAUAUUUGUUUCCUUGCAUUGGAAACUGUUGCCAUGGACAAUGGCAUAUGGCAAGGGUAUUAAUCACCUUUAGUGAUAGUUCAAGUUUUUAUUUUAAAUAGCCCUUUACAUGUUCAGUAUAAUUGGGUAUUAGAAAGCUACUGACAAGACUAUAUCCUGAAAUUUUGGCCCAUUUCAUUCUUGAGAAGGUGUUCUAGAUAAACAAGAUACUAGUCCAAAGAUAUUCUAGUUUAAUUGGCUUAUACUAAUCAGUCGGGUCGCGUGCGCAUGCGAAAUCACUCAGGUUUUGGAUUUCGAUGCAAUUUUUUUCUAACGGUGUCUUCAAUGUGACAAACACGCUGGGAAAAUAAAAUGAAAUUGAAAUUUGAGUUUCGUUCUAAGCCGGCAAGUGCCUUAAAUAAAAUGUACUGGACUACUGUUUUAAGAUAACAAACAAGCAAAUCUUGACUACUGUUUUAACAUAAUCACAUUCCACAUAUUUGACCUGAAUUCUGUUGAAUUUUGUGUACAUCCCACAUAGUUAUCUCUCAUUUACUCCAACAUGUACGAUUAGUAUAAGCCGUUUAAUUAGGCAUCUGAUCAAAUUGAUUUUUCAUGUAAAAUCUAUAACUUUAUUCAAUAUCAAACUUUCUUAGUUCAUAUCCCUCACACCGCAACUGUUAUGUAGCAAAUGCUUUGAUAUAUUCUAGUAAUGACUUUGGAUAGUAAGAUGCUAUUUUGGAGAUUUACCAAAACUUCAGAUGGGCUUUAAAGAUGAAUGCCAGUUGUGUUAACACUCUCAAAAUGAGUUUAAACAGAAUCCAAUGAAAUGACUGCCCAAGUGUUUGUAUGAAAUAAUAAACAAAAAUAUUUGCCAAAUGGCUCUGGAAAAAACGUUUGCUGAGAAAUAAGCUAAAUAAAAUGUUGGGUAUUUUCCAAGCAGUAUUAAAACACUGUGUUAAUGGUCAUCAGAAUUCUCAGAUUGCAGCUAAGAUUUCACAACUUAGAUAAACUUAUUUCAAUGUACCAGAUCUCGAUCUAUGAUAACAUGGUUGCAAUUGACCUUGAUUAUGAAGAAUUUCUCAUGAAAUAAGUGCUGUACUAUGUUUUACAUUCGAUGUUGCAUUUCGUCUAUUAUCUAAAGACGUUUUUUUUUUUUUUGCGUGUGUGCAAUAUACUCCCGAGAUGGCAGGCUGAUGGUUUGUCCCCCCUCCUCUACAUACUACAUAAAGGCCUAUAUUAUCAUUUGAACCAGUUUAACAGGGUGUAUUAACUACGUCAGUCUACUCGUACACUAUGCCAUAUGUUCAAUAUGUAUUGAAAUGCAAGUGAGAAUUUCAAAACCAUGGAUAAUGGGUUAAAUAUGCACCUUAGAAUUGUUUACUAGAAAGAUGGCGCAUGAUAAAUGUGUAUUUUAUUAUUAUUAUUAACAUUCAAAUUACAUAUGCUUGGUUAUAUCAGGAAGUCAAGGCCCAUGUACCAUUAUGUUAACUUAAUAGCAUAUCCAUUUUAUUGCUAAUUUACAUGUAGGUAAAUCCAGGGUACUUGAAAGAAUGAAAAUGUUUUAAGAACGUCCCUAACGUGACGUUGGUGAUAGAGUAUUUUUAUCAUUACAUGACUGGUGUUUUUUGCAAAUAAAUUAUUUUAAAGUCAGCACUGCUGCUAUUUUGAAUCGCGAAAUGCAGGCGAGACUGCCAGAGGCGCUCCACUUGUUUUGUGUGUGUGUUAUAAGCACAAAGAAAUGAUAGAUUUGCUUUGUGAACAUAAGGUUGACCUGUAUGUACAACUAGCUAUUUAUUUUUUGUAAUAGUACAGAGCGAGAUCUGGCAACUAUUGUUUAAAUACAUACUUGUAAUCCAUGAUUAUAUGUAUUAGAUUAGAUUGGGGGGGGGGUCUGUCCUCUCUCAUUAAUGAUUAUUAUGUAUGAUCGAUUUCGAUUUCUAUUUUUCUUUUCCAUUUAUAUUGUUCAUGUCUACAUUGUUCUUAUCACAAACACCAUAAACACGGCUACACUAUAUUCAUGUAAGUAUGUAGCCAUUAUCAUUAUUUUGUAACUUAUAUGUUAUGUAUGUAAAUUAUAUAUUUUAUUCGAUUUUUUCAACCUUUCUAUCAGAAUGCAGCUCAUGUUAGUUGAAAGUGUGAGUUAAAGACUUUCAAUGAUAUGUAAUAUGAUGUGCCUUAUAAUCGAGAGGUGGCACAAUGGAAUCUUCCAACUUACUUGUAAAUUGUAAGUUGUACAGUGUAUGUUGUACAGUAUUCCAUGUGAAAGAGAUUUUUUUUUUCAAGCCUUUUUGCGAGGAAACCUUGUACAUUUUGAAUUACAUGUAUAUACAGACAGGAUGUGCUUAUAAGGAUGAAUGAUCAACAUAUCAGGGCCCCGUCUUACAAAGAGUUACAAUUGAUCCAUUCAUUCGUAACUCCAUGGAAAUCCGUCAGUGUCAUAAUUGAUUCUACAGGAAAUUUUCCAAUAUGUCCUUUGUAUUAAACAAAGGCGAACACAAUAAAUUGUCAAGAAAACUGUUGAUUUAUGAAUAUAUGUCAUAUCUAGAAAACAUUUUGAACUAUAACAUACAUUGUAGAUGUUGAUGUUGCAGGCCGUCCAUAGUUGUGGUUGAUGGGAUCAGUCGCAACUCUUUGUUAGACGGGGCCCAGUUCAGUAACUUUGUAAGGAGUUAAGUCUUGUCCCAGUGAGGCGUGAUGAUACUUUGAUAAGUAAUAUUUGUUUUCAGUGUUCACACAUAGGUGAGAUAAAAUAUUCUCUCUUCUGUUAAUAAAGGUACAUUUGUAUGUCUUACGGGUUAAUAUUACAAAGGUCUUAUUCAAAAUAAAACACACUCAGGAAGAAAAAAA